AUAAUAUAUCUGAUAUGGCAACGCUGUCGGGUCUUUUCGGUGUAAACUUCCGCCUGAUCAAGAAGUCCUGAGUAUUUAUCAGGAUGGCGGAUUUAAAAGGAGAGGCUCGUGAUGCUGGUAACCAGUCAGUGCAGGUGUUUGGCCGCAAGAAAACCGCCACGGCUGUGGCCCACUGCAAGCGCGGUCGCGGCAUGAUCAAGGUGAACGGCCGGCCGCUGGAGCUCGUCCAGCCCCGCUCGCUCUACUACAAACUGCACGAGCCCAUCCUGCUGCUGGGCAAGGAGCGCUUCGCCGGCGUCGACAUGCGCGUGCGCGUGAAGGGUGGCGGUUCCAUCACCCAGGUGUAUGCCAUCAGACAGGCCAUCUCCAAGGCGCUCGUGGCCUACUACCAGAAAUAUGUUGACGAGGCGUCCAAGAAGGAGAUCAAGGACAUCCUGAUCCAGUACGACCGUUCCCUGCUCGUGGCCGAUCCUCGCCGCUGCGAGUCCAAGAAGUUCGGCGGUCCCGGACCCCGUGCCCGCUACCAGAAGUCGUACCGUUAACUCUGCACCGUGUCGCGUCUUGUGUCCGGUCAAUACAGGAUUCGAGGCCGA